CAGCAGACUCUGUUGCGCUACUUCAGUCGCAGGUCUCGGCCGAAGCCAGUAUAGUUUGUCAGUCGAACCAGGCAACGCGCACAACACGUAUCGUCGCAGUGUUAGUCUAGUUUGUUGUCAUUGUCGUAGAUCCGAAAAUGGGCCGUCUGGGCUUCAACCUCGUUCGCCAGAAAGAGGCGAACAAGAACAUUGAGAGCGGAAUGGCCGAUCAACAACAGCAGAACGAGCAAAACGAGAAUAACGAGAAUGUGGAGAUUGGCGAGCUGAUCAUCGCCAUUGACAGAGCUAACAGAAGUAUCAAGAACUACCGAUGGCUCUCUAUAACUCUGAUUGCUGUGAUCCUUACUUUGUGUGGCUAUAUCUUCAUUACACAAGCCAGAUUUCACUCGACGCAAUCAGUUGUGCACGCGCUCAACAAGAUGCACGAAGAAUACACUAACCGAAUUAAAGCUCUGCAGGGAGAUCACGACGCUCAAGCACAAAAACUCGAACGAUCACAAAACUUGAUGCUGGAAGAAAAUAUGCAGCAUGAACUCGAAGAACAGAAAGCGCUACGCGAAAAAGAGAGCGAAAAAUACUUCACUCUCCAGGAAAAAUUUAGCACUUUACAAGGCGAGCACGAGGAUUUAAUUACUCAGUGCCAAGAAAAAGAAAAUUCUAUGCAAGAAGAAAUACAAAAAUUAGAGUCGGAGCGCGAUGAGUUGAUAGGCAAAAUCGAAGCUACCAACCGACAACUGGAACUUCAAAAAAGUGAAAGCCAAAAGCUACUUACUACCACGACCACGGCGCGUCCACGUUUCUUUGGAUCUAACCAGCUUAAAAAACUCAACGACCUUAUGAAGGAUAUAGAGAGUGUAGGUCGCAUUGUUGGAAACGUAUUCAGAGAUGCAAUUUAAGAACUUUCGCUUUAUUCUGGGCGCAGCUAUGCACGAUAUUAAUGGAUUUGUGAAAAAAACUGAUGAGAUUUUUGGCCAUUGAUUAAUGCCUAAAAGUAUUAAACAACGAUUAUCAAAUUGUAAAAUUUCAUUCCACUCAAAUUUGUUUUAAAAUUAAAAAAAGACAGACACAUUAUGCGAUUAUGUGUACUUUGGUUAUGUUUCGUCUUUUUGUUGUAAUUAAAAAUAACUAUUUUUAUAUAAAUAUUUUAACAAUUGAAGAAAUCACGACAUUCCAGUCGGAUUGAUUGUAACAUUCUGCCAUGCGUAUUUUAUUUCCGUUUAUUUAUUUUCGAGGCAAACGUCGGAAUGUUUGUUUAAAACAAGUUAUUGUUAAUGAGGAAAACCUAACACUUGUUGUAAUUGC